AGUUAAGUAUUAUACAGAGUCUGAAUGGUUAAGACCUCUUAUCUGAAUUGAUCAGACAUUUGCCUCUGAAUAGUUAAGCAAUAUACUAGCUCUUAAUGGUUCAGACCUCUUACUGGUUCAGCACUUAAUGGUUCAGACCUCUUACUGGUUCAGCACUUACCGAUUCAGAAAUUGCCAAACAGCCCCUAAGCUUUUGAAUCUCCCAACAAUUAAUAUGGCUCGGUUUUGUCAAACCGUCCAAACAAUUCUUAAUUUCCACAAGUUUAAGAAUAUACUCCCUCCCUCCCACUCUUUUUGUCCACUUUCAUUUUUGCACACCAUCCAAUGCACUUCUUUAAUCUAUUUUAUCUUGUAAUUUAUAUAUUAAAAAAUUAUAAAAAUUAUAUAUUAAUAAUCUAUAUGUUAAGACAAAUCAAACAAGAUCACACAUGACUAUUUUUAGACUUACACAUUGAGAGAAUUUGAUGAGUCAAAGUGCUUAGAUGAACAGUUCCAAAAGUCAAAACUGGACAAAAAGAGUGGGACGGAGGUAGUAAUUCACAUAGUGUCUUAAUCCAACUCUAAGGUACGUCCUAUAAAUAAGACACCAUUCCCAUGCAUUCUUUCUAUAUAGUCACAAAAAGAAAAGAAAAGAAGAGAAAGAGAACAAAAGGAAAUUAAUAUAAUGGCAACCACGCCAGGCUUCCUAACUAAUUGGCCUUGGACACCCCUUGGAUCUUUUAAGUAUGUGGUUUUGGCUCCAUGGGUGGCACAUAGUCUCUAUUCUUUUGUGACACGCGACGAGAAGGAAAGGGACUAUACAAAUUUCAUGAUUUUCCCGUUCCUGCUCUUUCGCUUCUUUCACAACCAGCUUUGGAUCAGCUACUCCCGUUACCGAACCGGAAGGGGGAAAAACCGGAUCGUCGACAAACCCAUCGAGUUCGACCAAGUUGAUCGAGAGAGUAAUUGGGACGAUCAAAUAAUAUUGAGUGGGGUAUUCUUUUACGCAUUCAACAAUGCACUGUCAAUAGCUUCACGGUUGCCGGCGUGGCGGACGGACGGCGUGUUGCUAAUGGCAUUUUUGCACGCCGGCCCGGUGGAGUUCCUCUACUACUGGCUGCACCGGGCGUUGCACCACCACUAUCUCUACUCCCGCUACCACUCCCACCACCACUCCUCCAUCGUCACCGAGCCCAUUACGUCGGUGAUUCAUCCAUUCGGAGAGCACAUGGCGUAUUUCGCAUUAUUUGCGAUUCCAACACUAACGACAGUGUUAACGCGAACAGCAUCGAUCAUAGGCGUGUUUGGAUAUAUCACUUAUAUUGACCUCAUGAAUAACAUGGGUCAUUGCAACUUUGAGCUCAUCCCCAAAUGGGUCUUUACAUUCUUCCCUCCUCUCAAAUACCUCAUGUACACACCCUCGUUUCAUUCUCUACAUCACACCCAGUUUAGAACAAAUUAUUCAUUGUUCAUGCCCUUCUAUGACUAUAUCUAUGGCACAAUGGACAAGUCAACGGACACUUUGUACCAAACGUCCCUCGAGAGGGCAGAUGACUCUCCAGAUUUGGUCCACUUGACCCAUUUUACCAACCCAGAAUCCGUAUACUUUUUACGGGUCGGGCUUUCGUCUUGGGCCUCCAUGCCCCAGAGACACAAGUGGGCUCUUUGGUUCAUGUGGCCAGUCACGCUAUGGACCAUGGUUUUGAACUGCGUCUACGCCCAAACUUUCGUCUUGGAGAGAAAUGUUUUGGACAAAAUCAAGAUACAAUCUUGGGUCAUACCAAAGUACAAAUUUCAGUACCUCCUGAAAUGGCAAUCCCAAGCCAUAAACAACAUGAUUGAGGAGGCUGUAUUAGAAGCAGAUUCAAAAGGUGUCAAGGUUUUAAGCUUAGGUCUUCUAAACCAGAGUGAAGAGCUGAACAAAAAUGGAGAGGCUUACAUCCAAAAGUACCCAAAGAUGAGAGUAAAAUUAGUGGAUGGAAGCAGUUUGGCAAGUGCAAUAGUGGUUAACACAAUUCCAAAGGGGACUACAGAGGUUCUCCUUAGGGGAAAACUCACCAAAGUCUCCAUCUCCAUCGCUUGUGCAUUAAGCCAGAAAGGGAUCAAGGUGGUUACUUCCUCUGAAAAUGAUUAUGAGAAGCUUAAGCUCGCUGCUAAAUCCCAAAGCAACUUUGUCUUGUCCAAGAGUUUGACACAAAAGGUAUGGUUAGUUGGAGAUGAAUUGACAAAAGAGGAACAGAAGAUGGCAAAAAAGGGGACACUGUUCAUCCCCUUCUCCCAAAUACCUCCCAAGAAAUUCCGCCUUCAUGACUGCUUCUACCAUUACACCCCAGCAAUGUUGGCCCCACCAUCCCUCCACAACUUGCAUGCCUGCGAGAAUUGGCUGCCGAGGAGGGCAAUGAGCGCAGCAAGGGCGGGUGGGGUCGUGCAUGCCUUGGAAGGAUGGAACGUGCACGAGUGUGGCUGCGACACAGAGAUGAUCACAGUGGAUGACAUUGACAAAGUCUGGAGAGCUGCCCUUAGCCAUGGUUUCCGCCCACUCCCAUUACAGGCACAUCAUUGAAGGAUGAGUUUUUUUUUCGCCUUAAUUUCCUCCAAGUGCCUUAUUAUCCAUGGAUGUUGUAUGGACUGGUACUUUUUUUCUUCUCUGGAUUGUGUCAAAAGUUUUAAAUAUGUUAAUGGUCAGCAUUGUAUAUGCAUAUGAUGAUGACAUUGUUGUGCACCACAACAUAUGAUAUUGAAAUGUUAUCUCACUUCUUAUGUUUUACACUAAUGUUAGAACUCAGUUCACUCCAAUAAGGUAAGUGUCUAGCU